AUGAACAACUACAACCAACCACCCUACGAACAAACCACCUAUCCUCCCCAAGGCCCAGGCCCAUACCCAAACGGCCCCUCCUACAGCCCGCCACCACCCCAAUAUCCCCAAGAAUACAACAACAGUGCUCCCUACCCUCCUCAACCUCAACAAGAAUACCCACCCAUGGGCGAGAACGCAUCUUAUUACAACACUGGCGCCCCUGAUCAACGACACUCCCACUCUCCUCAACCUCCCCAGGAUGAAGAUGAAAAGGGUCUGGGAUCGACUGUUAUUGGUGGUGCCGCUGGUGGAUAUCUAGGCCAUCAGAUGGGUGGGAAGAUGUCAACUCUGGGUGGUGCUGCGUUGGGAGCUCUUGGUUUGAAUGCUCUCAACCAUAAGCUGCAUAAACCCGAGCAGUCGCAAGUCAAUGCUGUUCCUAUGGCUGGUAUGCCUAUGGGGGGUAUGCCCAUGGGGGGUAUGCCAGGUAACAUGGCCAUGCCUAUGGGUGGCAUGGUUCAGCCUGUUAUUGUGCCUAUGAGCAAGUGUAAAGCUCGUCGAAUGAGAAGACAUCAGCGAUUGGGAUUCUGCUAG